AUAUUAAAAGAAAUAAAUAAUAAAAAUGUAAAGAUUGAAGAUUUGAAACAUGAUGAGGGUGCUAUUUUGAAAAAGAUUAUCAAUCAAUUAAAAGAUAAACCUUUAGCAAAGAUUUGUUUGACGAAUUGCAUGAAAAAU